GAUCAUGAUAUGAUUAAGAAUUUACAUAAAGAAGGCAUACUAAAUAUAUUAUCACAAACCUUGACUACUAAAACAUUUUGGGACUGCUUUCAUGAUAGUUAUGAUGUGAAUUUUAGAGGAACAGAUGGUAAA